AGGUCAUUGUCGUCCUUUCACAAUUCUUCCGUGCCCUAACCUCUUUCCUCGAUCUGAAAAUCGUAGCCCGCCAUUGUCAUUCCCAUAUCACUUCCUUUCUCUCCUAAUAUCUUUCUCUUAUACCAUUCUUAAUUAAAAGUCCGUUAAUUAGUGGGUUUGAGAGGUUAAUUACAAUGGGAGUACCGGCAUUUUACCGGUGGUUAGCUGAGAAGUAUUCAAUGGUUAUAGUAGACGUCAUAGAAGAAGAAGCAGCUGUUAUUGAAGGAAUUAAAGUUCCAGUUGAUACGAGUAAACCUAACCCAAACAACAUCGAAUAUGAUAACCUUUAUUUGGAUAUGAAUGGUAUUAUUCAUCCUUGUUUUCACCCCGAAGAUCGACCUUCUCCAACAACAUUUGAUGAGGUGUUCCAUUGCAUGUUUGAUUACAUAGACAGGCUUUUCUCUAUGGUGCGUCCUCGAAAGCUGCUAUUUAUGGCUAUUGAUGGUGUUGCGCCAAGGGCAAAAAUGAACCAGCAAAGAUCUAGACGUUUUAGAUCAGCGAAAGAUGCAGCAGAUGCGGCAGCUGAGGAGGAAACAUUGCGUGAGGAAUUUGAGAGGGAGGGUAGGAAGCUUCCUCCUAAACAGGUGUCCCAAGUUUUUGAUUCAAAUGUAAUUACUCCAGGGACACAAUUCAUGGCCACAUUGUCAAUCGCUCUUCAAUAUUAUAUUCACCUUAGACUAAACCAUGAUCCUGGAUGGAAAAAAGUUAAGGUUAUACUUUCUGAUGCAAAUGUCCCUGGUGAAGGUGAGCAUAAAAUUAUGUCCUAUAUUCGUAUCCAAAGGAAUCUUUCUGGUUAUGAUCCAAAUACACGCCAUUGUCUUUAUGGUUUGGAUGCAGAUUUAAUUAUGUUGGGCUUGGCUACACAUGAAGUUCACUUCUCUAUACUCAGAGAGGUCGUAUUUAUUCCAGGCCAGCAGGACAAAUGUUUCCUUUGUGGUCAAAUGGGUCAUUUAGCUGCAAAUUGCGAAGGGAAGGCAAAGCGAAAAGCAGGGGAGUUUGAUGAGAAAGGAGAUGUUGAGGUUGUGGCGAAAAAACCAUUCCAGUUUCUCAACAUCUGGACUUUGCGGGAGUAUUUGGAAUAUGAUUUGAGAAUUCCCAAUCCUCCUUUUGCGAUUGAUUUAGAGCGUAUUGUUGAUGACUUCAUAUUUAUGUGCUUCUUCGUUGGCAAUGAUUUUCUACCACAUAUGCCCACACUGGAGAUUCGCGAGGGCACUCUCCAUGUUGCAUGGUGUUAGCCUAUGGAAAACUUUUCAAGAGACUAUCUUGAAAGUGGGCAAUGGAGGAAACAACAGGAUUUGGAUGGAUUGGUUGAUUGGCCACAUUCCUUUGGGUGAUGAAGGAUUCAUGGAGCUGUUUGAUAUUUGGUUUUUCUUAUCUGGAAUAAGCAACUGAACAUGACAUUGUUUAUACCAAUUGCAUCAUGUGUUGGAUUUGAGAUUUCAGAGAAAUACAAUGGUUGGAUGAUGGAAAGAUUCAAUUUUCUCUUGAGAGUGUUCAGUGGGACUGUUAAUUUACGAAAAUCAUAAUACGUCGGAAUUACGCUGAACUUGGCAGCAUUUAUACGGUGCACACCUGAACUAUCUUUUGUGCUGAUUACCCCCCUGAACUUAGCAGUUUGAUACUCUUGAUCCCCUUAGACGCUAACGUGGCAAAGAGUAUAAAUACACACUCUGUUAGACGUGUGGAGGUGAACCAAAACAAAAAUCAGCUUCUAAGUAUGGUAUAUUUCAACCGCUAAUUUUCACGCAGUCAUAUACAAUGAUUUAUUUGUUCCAAAUUUGUAUUUCGUCUUGCUUCUUCUUAAUAUACAA